ACCUAAUUUCUCGGGUGAUUUAUGAAAAAAGAUUGAGUAAUUGAAGAAAAAUAGACACUUAAAUAGUGAAAAAAUAAACAAUCAGACCUACUUAAGAUAUAUAAGUGAAAGGGUGAAGAAAAAAUCAUUGAUAAACAAUAUAAAAAGCACAGUGAAAUUUGGUUGCAUUAAAGAAUAAAUGUUUUCUGAGCGAAUGAAUAAUAAAGGAAAUCAACAUCAAGGCAACAAUGAUAAUUCGUGGGGAGGACAAAAUGUGAGAAAGUCUUUUGAAAAUUAUUACAACAAUCGUAGCGAUUAUCAGCAUCAACAACAUGAUGGAGGUAAUAAAAUUGAACAACGGAUGCAAAACAUGCGAUUGGAUAGUGGAGCUGGAUCAAACUCAUUGGGUGGAAGCAACAAGACAACAAACGAACACAAGGAGCAGGGACCGAAGAAGAUGACUUGGGCGACGAUUGCAAGCCAACCGGCUAAACCUCAAAUCAGUACGACAAGCACGACAAUUAAGAAAAAAGGCUUUGGUCCACCCCCUCCGAUGAUCCCUGGUAAACACAACAUGGACUUGACUGAUGGAUGGGACACACCAAAAAAUGGACCUUUGGUGCCACCGUCACCACCAUUGCGUGUUAAGAAUCAAUAUAAUCCAUCAGAGCUUGACUUAUCGCAAGUUGGAAAUGCCAGAUUCUUCGUCAUCAAAUCCUAUUCGGAAGAUGACAUACAUCGCAGCAUCAAGUAUGAGAUUUGGUGCUCAACAGAGCAUGGCAACAAGCGCUUAGAUCAGGCAUUCCGUGAACGUGAGAAAGAGCAGGGAGUUAUUUACCUUUUCUUUUCAGUUAACAGCUCUGGUCAUUUCUGUGGCGUCGCUCAGAUGAUUACACCAGUUGAUUAUAAUUCAAACUCAAGUGUUUGGUCACAAGAUAAAUGGAAGGGAUCUUUCCGUGUCAAGUGGAUUUAUGUAAAGGACGUUCCGAAUACGCAAUUGCGUCACAUUCGGCUGGAGAAUAAUGAAAAUAAACCGGUGACAAAUUCACGUGACACACAAGAAGUUCCGAAUGGUCAUGGAAUUCAAAUGAUGAAAAUUAUUCAUAGCUAUAAGCAUACAACUUCGAUUUUUGAUGAUUUCACUCAUUACGAGAAGCGUCAAGAGGAGGAAGACUCACGUAAACACGAGUCUCAUGAUGCUUACCAGAAGCCGAUGACUUUACCUCCAAGUCAUCACUCAACGCAUAAUCGAGAGAAUAUGAAUCGUCAGCAGCAAUAUGAUAACGGUGGUGGACGUUCCUUUGACAGGGACCGAGACUACAACGGAUCUUCAUCAUCUGUCGGGUACGACCGUGGUGGAAAUUAUAACAAUGGAAGUAGCGGCUAUAAUAAAUAUGGCAGCGGUAAUUCAGGAUAUAACAAUGACUUCAAGCCAUCGUUCAAUGGUCGCGGUGGAUUCCAUAAGCGAAAUGAUUUUCGUAAUGAUCGUAACAAUGAUCAACAAUCGGGUGGUUUUUAUCGCGCUAAACCAGAUUAUCAACAGAAUGAUGAUUUCGGUGGUAAUCGCGGCGGUGGUUAUCGUUCUGAUCGUGGUGGAUCACGUGGUCGAGGAGGAUUCCGUCCCCCAAUGAACCACAAUAAUUAAGUGAAUAAAAGGUUAAAUAAAAUGAAAGCAAUUUUCUUUUCCUGUGCAAAACUGAUUAGGAAAGAAAACAAAAAAAAAAUAACAAUUUAAAACUUAUGUAAUCGUAAUCGUAAAACAAAGAAACAUUUUUUUCAUUAAAAUGAAUAGUUUGAGUGGCCCAAUAAUCUUCGUUCCUUUUUUUCAUUUGCAAGUGAAAGCCGUGAAAGAAAACGAAAGAAUUGUGGAUUUAUCUAUUAAAACAAGGAAAAGAAAAAAUGGUGAAAAAAAAAAUACUUUUUGCACUCUUAAGAAAAUCUACAAAAAAAACUUUUAUUGAAUGAACAUGAAUUCAAAUGAUAACAAAUUUAACGUAACAUUAAUUUCCUAAACACAAAACAAGAAAAAAUAAACAUAAAUAAAAUAAACAGUUGCAAAAACAUUGAUGUUUAGUCUAAAAAAAAUAAAAAGUGAAAAAAGUGUUUUUUCAAAAAAAUAUAAAAGUUAAAAAAUCUACAAAAAAAAAUAAGAUGUGACUAUUAAAAAAGAAGGAAAGGAGAAAUCUGCAGAAGAAAUAAAAGAAUAGUUGUGUCGCUUAUCGAUCAACAACCCUCCAAGAAUGGACAACAGCAUUGAAGGCGAAUUUCAUUACAAGCGCUGAUCGAACUGAAAAGUCAAAAAUCUUUUCUGUUUUUCAUUCUUUUAUCUUUCAUUUCAGUAAACUCCUUUCUUACAUUUCACUUAGCGAACCGGCAGUGUUGGAUCGUGAUGAAAUAGUUUUAUGUUUGUGCAACAGUUACAACAUAAGACGAAACUUUAUAACAUUAAUUUUAUUUCACAUUCGUGAAAAAUUAUCAACAACUUCAAAUGAAAUGUUAGCAACAAAACCUCCCUUUAUAAAUAAGCAAUUGAUGUAACGCCCUGAAUAUAAUAAGUAAGCGUGUCAAUGUAAUGAAGCGCAGAGAUGAAAAGAUUGCAAUUUAUGAAAUGAUGAUACAAGUAAAUUAAAAUUUGUAACUAGACGAUAAAAAAUUAUGAAAUGGAGAAAAGAAAACAACAACACUAUUGAUACUUUUUUUGAUUUUUUAAUAUCUAAUAAGUGAAUAAAUUCUAUAUCUAAUGAAAAAUAUAAAUAAUAAA